AUGUCAUUCAACUUUGCCAAUUUCACGAAGGAUUUAAAGUCGUUUGGGGACAGAUUGUCCAACGACUUCAACAAGGAAGUGGUGCCAUUUGCCCAGAGAACGCAACGCAUGGUGCAGGAGAAAAUCGGCAAAGUGUCAGCAGACGAUAUCUCGCAAUUGCCCGUUGAAUAUACCGAGCUUGCCACGAAAUGCAACAACAUCGAGCAGCUCUACAAGAAUGUGUUGAAAGUCACCACCAACUACGAGCUGGAAUCGUAUGAUUACCCCGGCAAUUUGCAGGAAUCAUUCACGGAAUUUAGCCAGAAUGUCGCGCUGAGAUUCGCUCAAUUGAGCAAAGCCACCACCACGGCUGAGGCGCAGGCUGCGUUGGUCAGCGACUCUUCGGAGGGCGCGUACCGCCCUCCGAAGACGCUCUACCACGCCUUGAGCCGUGCUGCGGACGCGAGCAUAUUGACCAAGGGCACCGCGGGCGAUGGUGGCGCAGCGCACGCGGCGCAAGCGGCAGCGCGCAUCGACGACAGCGACCUCUUGAUCAAGGGCUUGGACCUCUACUCUUUGAACUUGAACAAGAUCGCCAACGCGAGAAUCGGGCAGGACCAGUUGAUCAAGCAGAAGUUCAAUGCGCCGUUGCAGACGACGUUGAGAUCGUUGAUUUCGCAGUCGAAUCAUAUCCAACGCAAAGUCGAGCAAAAGAGAAUCGAUUACGACUUAACGAGAUAUAAUGUUACCAAUUGCCAGAACCCCGCGAAGGAGAGCAAGUUGCGCGUCGAGAUGGAGAAUGCCGAGGACGAGUUUGCUAAUACGGUGGAGGAUGCGAUAAAUAUCAUGCAGAAUGUCGUUGAGAAUGCCAAGCCGUUGCAGGAGUUUUUGAAUUUGAUCCAGGCCCAGUUGGCUUAUCACAAGUUGGCUGCUGAGUUGUUGGGCAAUAUGGUGGGCGAGUUUGAAGAGUUGAUUGUGGAGCAGGAAAAGAGUUCCGUUGCUGGUGGUGGUGCUGGUGGUAGUGGUAGUGGUAAAGGCGGCGAUGGGAAAGAGAAUGGGGAUUUCGAUCUUUAA